GUGUGCGGGUGCGGUGCGGAGCUCUCCCAAACGAUCGGUUCCGCUCCCAUCAGCCCGUCACCCGACCAGAGGCCCCAACGGACCAUGGCGUGUGUUGAGCGGGCCGGCGGCGGCGCCGUCUGGACCGAGCUGAGCCGCUGGGCCAGCACCACCGCCGGCCGACGGCUGGCCAAGACGCUGCUGACCGCCGCCCUGCUCGGCGUCGGACUCAAACUGUGGGCCAGACGCCGGCGUCACCAGCGUCGCCAGCGCUGGAGCCAGGCCGGCAAGGACGUGGUGGUGCUGCACCAGUUCGAGCGCGGCACCAACAUGCCCAACCUGUCGCCGUUCGCGCUCAAGCUGGAGACGUUCCUGCGCAUGGCCAAGAUCCAGUACGUGGUCGACACGGAGGAGCCGCAGGGCGUGCGCGGAAAGUGUCCCUGGAUCACCAUCAACGGGCAGGAGCUGUCCGACUCGGAGCUCAUCAUGGAGUACCUGACGAAGCACUUCAACGACCCCAUCCCCGAGCAGCUGACGCCGGCUCAGCAUGGACUAGGACGUGCUGUCCAGGUCAUGCUGGAUGAACACACGACUCUGGCAGUUGGAAGGAAACGACGAAUCUUAGAACAAAUGGGGAACUCCAUAGACUGUUUUCUCAAGGUGUACAGAUCAGAGUGCGUUUUUAAGAAGCUUUUCGUCUCACUCAUCAAGAAGAAGCUGUAUGUGCGUGGCAUGAGUGAGUACAGUGAAGAGGAGGCGCUCUUCUUCCUCUACCGGGAGCUGCGCGCGCUGGAGGACGUGAUGGGCGACAAGCCGUUCCUGCUGGCCGACGCGCCCAGCACGUACGACGCGGCCGUGUUCGCUGAGCUGACCCAGGUGCUGCUCGGCUGUGCCCCGGAGGCGGAGCGCUACGUGCGAGAGAAUCACGCCGUGCUGGUGGGGUACCACGAGAGGAUGAAGGCCAAGUACUGGCCCGACUGGCAGCAGUGCCGCGCCGACUAAGAGUCACCAGAACACUUUCACUCCGAAGAAAGGGAAAUACUACCAGUAAUAACUAGCCAGCUAUACUGUUAAAGAACCAUGGACCUAGAGAACUGAUAACUUUGGAUUGAUGUGUAUAAUAAUAGUGAGG